AACUUUAUAGACUUCUGGUUUUGGGUCUGUUGGAGCCACCUCUCUCCCUCUCUAACGCUGCCUCUCUUUCUCUCUCUCUUCGAUCGAUUGCAAUGCUCAAAGCCUAUGUAGCAAGUGGAAUGGUAUUGACAUGAGCUCAUAUCUUGGAUCUAUGCAGAAAGCUUGUAGAAUUUGCUAUAAGUUGAGUAUUGCAGAUGGUUCAACAAAUGGUUGACUCUAAAGUCAACCAAUAUGGGCUGCCUAACACUGGAGCUGGCUUACCCACUUCUGAUAAGCAACAUGCAAUACUGGUUAAGAAGACAGCAUUGAGAGACCUGCAGAAUGAUAACAGAAUUUCAUUGCCCAAACCUCAAGGUAAUUCUACUUUUUUAAAGGAGAAAGGACCCCUUAAAGAUGCUAAGGUUUCUGGAAAUAAGAGAGCAUCACCUGAGUGCCCAGCACCAGCAAGCCCUCCCGGCCAUCAGUCUCUUAGCAGUAAUGGUGAAAAUAGUCAUCUCGUGUAUGUUCGAAGGAAAUCAGAAUCAGAACUGGGCAAAAGCAACAUGGACAAUGAUGCUGGUCAUCCACCAGCAAGACAAUUUAACCAUGGGGACCAAGAAACCCCUAGGCAACUUACCCAGAUGAAGGAGCCUAAGAUGUCUUGUUUUUCGGCAUAUACACCCAUUCCAAUGGCUUCUCUGAUGACUUUCUCGUCUGGGGGGCCUACAGUUCCCCUUUCUUUGGGGAAGGCUGGUAAUGGGUUGCCACUGGCAGAACCAAAGAAUCCUGCAGUUACUUCUGCGCCUGUUCCCCUGGUUAACCAUCAGGGAAAUAGUGAACCACAUUGGAAGGAGCGUUUCAUCCGGCUGCAAACAUUUUUAAGGAACUGUGACCAUUCAAGUCAGGAGGAUUACAUCCAGAUGCUUCGGUCCUUAACCCCUUCUGGCCGUAGUAGACAUGCAGUUGAAUUGGAGAAAAGAGCAAUCCAUCUGUCACUAGAGGAAGGGAAGGAGAUACAUCGAAUGACCAUCCUGAAUGUGUUGGGGAAAUCUACACCGAAAAAUAGUGCCUCACCCUUAAGUCAACAGGUCCAACCAGCAAAAUGAGAAAGACGAAAAUUAAAAGAGGAAAAAAAAUUUAUCUACCUCCUGCAAAGGAUGCUUCCAAUUAUCCGCAUGCAGGAAUUCAACCUCAGUCACUGCUGAUGGCUUUUUCCUACUGCAUUAAAUCUUUCCAUUGGUUCGAAGGGUGAGCUCUUUGAGAAGCCUGAACUUCCUAAUUGUGAAACUGUUGUUUAGUCUCAACUAUCUAAUAAAUUCCGCUGUGGGUGCUGCUUCCCAGUCAGUCAUCUUUAUCUUAUGAAAUGAAAUGGUAAUGCCAGAUGAUAA